AUGGCUCUCAACGAUGAGGUUGUAGCACUUGUUGUGGACAAUGGCAGCGGUGUGUGCAAGGCUGGCUUUUCCGGUGACGACGCACCGCGGUCAGUGUUCCCGUCCAUCAUCGGCCGGCCCAAGAUGCCUGGGAUCAUGGUUGGCAUGGACAUGAAAGACCACUGCGUAGGGGACGAGGCGCAGACCAAGAGGGGCGUGCUCACGCUGAAGUAUCCCAUCGAGCAUGGCAUCGUGACAAACUGGGACGAUAUGGAAUCUUUGCUGCCGCUGGCAUGGUUCUACAACGAGCUGCGGUGCUCACCGGAAGAGCAUCCAGUGCUCUUGACAGAAGCGCCGUUGAAUCCCAAGGCCAACCGAGAGCGAAUGACGCAGAUCAUGUUUGAGACCUUCAACGUUCCAGCCAUGUACGUCGCCAUCCAAGCCGUGCUGUCCUUGUAUUCUUCUGGCCGAACCACGGGCAUUGUCAUGGACAGCGGUGAUGGCGUCAGCCACACGGUGCCCAUCUACGAGGGCUAUGCGCUACCCCAUGCCAUCCUGCGAUUGGAUCUGGCUGGCCGUGAUCUCACGGAGUACAUGAUGAAGAUCCUCACGGAACGAGGCUACGCUUUCACCACCACUGCAGAGAGGGAGAUCGUGCGCGACAUGAAAGAAAAGCUUUGCUACGUUGCGAUCGACUUCGACAGUGAGAUGAAGGCUUCCUCCGAAAGUAGCGACAAGGAGAAGACGUAUGAGUUGCCAGAUGGAAACAUCGCACAGUGGGCAAUGAGCGUUUCCGCUGUGCCGAGGUGCUUUUCAGCCAAGCUUUGUGGGCAAGGAGUUGACUGCAAAGCGCCCGCCACCAUGAAGAUCAAGGUUGUGGCCCCGCCUGAGCGAAAGUACAGUGUGUGGAUUGGCGGAUCCAUUCUGUCCUCUCUGAGCACCUUCCAGCAGAUGUGGAUCUCCAAGGGGGAGUACGACGAGAGUGGCCCCACCAUCGUCCAUCGCAAGUGCUUUUGA